CACAACAACACCACCAGCAGCAGCAGCACGCACGUAGAACUAGCCUUAGCGCAGGACCUCUUCUAAACACUUCCGCUAUAGCACGCUAUUUAAAACCAUGGGUGUAGAUCGACCUUGUGCACGCGUUCGUACGCAGAAAGAAACCAGCAGCAGCAGAGCACGAUGCUGAGGCCGGUGUACCGCGUGCCGCACCCUCUGGCAGGCGACAAGGUCCAGCUGACCGUCUUCGACCGCGCAGCCAUCGACACGUACGUCCCCAUCGUGCUCGCCUACCUCGCCCCGGCGCCGUCCAACGAGGCGCUCAAGGAGGGCCUCCUCCGGGCCAUCGCGCUCUACCCUCACCUGCUAGGGCGCUUCGCCGUCGACGGCCACGGCCGGCGCUUCCUGCACCUCAACAACGAGGGCGUGCUUGUCAUAGAGGCCGAUGUCCCGGCCGACUUGGCAGACGUGCUCGCAACCGGCGGCAUGACCACGGACGUCGCCGGCUUUUACCCUACAGUGCCCGAGGAGAGCGUUGGAGCGGCGCUGCUGCAGGUGAAGCUCAGCCGGUACAGGUGUGGCGGCCUCCUGCUCGGCGUCAUAUCCCACCACCACAUCGCCGACGGCAUGGCAGCGAGCACAUUCUACGGCGCGUGGGCGACCGCGGUGCGCGAGGGCAAGGGCUUCAGCGUGCCGUCCCCUUUCCUAGACCGUGCGGCCACCGCCGUGCCUCGCAGCACGCCGAAGCCGGUGUUGGACCACCGGUCCAUCGAGUUCAGAGGCAGCUCCAUUAGCCAGUCCCAUGCCCUUGUACCCAUGGACAAGAUCAAGAACAUCGCCGUGCACUUCCCUGUAGAGUUCAUCGCUGAGCUCAAGUCCCGCGUUGAUGCACCUUGCAGCACGUUCCAGUGCCUGCUGGCGCACGUGUGGAAGAAGAUCACGGCGGCGCGCGGUCUGAACCCUGAGGAGUUCACGCAGGUGAGGGUGGGCGUGAACUGCAGGGGCAGGGCCAGCCCACCCGUGCCAAUGGACUUCUUCGGGAACAUGGUGCUCUGGGCGUUCCCCAGGCUUCAGGUCCGGGACGUGCUGGGAUUGAGCUACGGCUGCGUGGUAGGUGCCAUCCGCGACGCCGUGGCGCGCAUCGACGACGAGUACAUCCAGUCGUAUGUGGACUUCGGCGGUGUGGCGGACGCCAACGGAGAGCAGCUCGCGGCGACGUCAAGUUUCGGGGCCAUGCUCUGUCCGGACACAGAGGCGGAAAGCUGGCUGGGGUUUAGGUUCCAUCAGCUCGACUUUGGAACCGGACAGCCUUCGGCGUUCCUGCCGCCGGGGUUGCCGGUCGAGGGGCUGAUGGUCUUCGUGCCGUCGCGCACCGCCAAGGGCAGCGUCGACCUCUUCAUGGCCAUCGCGGAGGAUCAUGUCACUGCGUUCAACAAGAUUUGCUACUCCCUGGAUCUUCUCCCAUCUAGGAUGUAAGAAUUAAUUUGAGGGUCAUUGCACGGUUCUACAAAAAUUCAUUCAUGAAUCACAAAUCAAUAAAGAGGUU